AUGAACUUCACGCUGGGCCUGGGCCUGCUGCUGGCCGGCUUCCUCGCUGUAGAAGGUCUUCUGAAGCCCAGCCAUUCCCCAAAGCAUCAUGGCGCCAUGAGCCGGGCCCAAGAGCAGCAGGGCCGGAGGGCCGCCCAGGAGCUCGCCCGGAGGAACCUGGGCUUCGGCUUCAAUCUGUACAAGAAGCUGGCCGCCAACAGCCCCGGCAAGAACAUCUUCUUCUCCCCCAUGAGCAUCUCCACCGCCUUCGCCAUGCUGUGUCUGGGCGCCCAGAACACCACACUGGCCGAGAUCAAGCAGGGCCUCAACUUCCAAAAAAUGCCGGAGAAAGACCUUCAUGGGGGUUUCCAUUACCUUAUCCAGAGGCUGAACCAGAAGGCCGAGGGCCUCCAGCUGAGCCUUGAGAACACCUUGUUCUUGGACCAGAAGCUGCGGCCAGAGAAGAGGUUUAUGGCGGAUGCCAAGAACCUGUACAAUGCAGACAGUGUCCCCACCAACUUCCAGAACACUGAAUAUGCUCAGAAGCAGAUCAAUGACUAUGUCAGUAAGCAAACCCAGGGGAAAAUCAAUAACCUGGUCAAGAAUAUAGAUCCUGGCACCGUGAUGCUUCUUGUCAACUGUAUUUUCUUUCGAGCCAGGUGGCUACACGAGUUUGACCCAAAAGCAACGAAAGAGGGAGACUUCUUCUUGGAGGAGAACAGGCCCGUGAAGGUGCCCAUGAUGUUCCACGGGGGCAUGUAUGCCGUGGGCUACGACGAGCAGCUGGGCUGCACCGUCCUGGAGAUGCCCUAUUUCAACAACAUCACGGCCAUCUUCGUGCUUCCUGACAAGGGCGCCAUGCGGCGGGCGGAGGAGGCCCUGACGCUGGACACCUUCGACAGAUGGAAGAAGCUCGUCACGCGGAGGGUGGUGGACGUGUUCUUGCCCCGGUUCUCCAUCACGGGCACCUAUGACCUGAAGAAGACUCUCUCCCAUCUGGGCAUCACCAGAGUCUUCCAGGAGUACGGCGACCUCGCCAGGAUAGUCCCCAACCGCAGCCUGAAAGUGGGUGAGGCCAUGCACAAGGCCAAGCUGAGGAUCGACGAGAAGGGCUCGGAGGGGGCCGCGGGCACCGGCAUGCAGACGCUGCCCAUGGAGAGGCCCAUGACCUUCAAGCUGGACAGAGCCUUCCUGCUGAUGAUUGCGGAGAACCUCACCCCCACCAUGCUCUUCAUGGGGAAGAUCGCCAACCCCACCGGCACGUGA